AUACACACACUCGCGUGCAUAUUAUAUAUAUCGAGAAACGAGUACGGGCUUGUAUAUGUAAACGCGCAUUCCUGCAAGAGGAUGCUGCAUCGGUGUCCUCGCGAUUAUUCUGCCCGCAGUUCGUGCAGUUGCAAACCCUUGGAAGCACCGUGAGGGUUCGCGAACGGAUAUCUCGGAUAGCCGAUGAAGCAUCAUGUAAGAGUGAAUCAGUGAGGAUGUGACCGAUGGACUCGCUACUUCAGAAGGAUGCUAUAGUUAAAUAGCGGAACAUCGAUUAAAUGAUGAAUAACUUAUUCACUUCAUUCUCACCGGUUUCAUGAUUCACUUCAAAAUGAUCAAGUUACUGCUAGUCUUCAUAUUUAUUCAGGGCUUUUUGUCCGUUUAUUCACUUUGCCCAGUAAGGUGCAAGUGUAGACCAUCUAACAAACCACAAGCGGAAUGGUUGCGGGUGAUUUGUAAAGAUGAUAUAGAAGAUAUCAUGGAAAUUGAUUUCAACCCUAUCAGUAUAGAAAUGAUUCAUUUAGACCUUAGCAAAAAUGAUAUAUCUCUGAUAAGUGUAAAUACUUUCAAAAACCUUUCCAAUCUAAAACAUUUGAAUCUUUCUGCCAACAAAAUAACUGUUUUGGAUGAAGAGACAUUUGAUGGAUUGAUUAAUUUGGAAAGAUUAGAUUUGAGUAAAAAUUCAAUUUCAUCCAUUGACUCUCAUGUUUUUAAAAGACUGCCAAACUUAAAAAAACUGAAAUUAAAUGGAAAUAAAUUGGAAACUUUAAAAGAAGGUACCUUUCAUGGACUGCCAUUAUUGCGUCAACUUGAUGUAUCUUCCAAUCCUUGGAAAUGUGAUUGUAACUUGUUUUGGUUUAGUUAUUGGAUACAAAACAAUUCUAUAAAAAUAAAUCCUGCUCCAGAAUGUGAUUCACCUUCAAAUUUGAAAGGAAAGUUAGUAAAAAAAUUAAAAAUUAUUAAAGAAUUUGAAUGUAAUUGGUCAACACCAUCAAUUGAAAUUGUGCCGGAUCAAAAUCAAGUGGUUUUUGCUGGAGAUGCUGUUUCUUUCAAGUGUAGGGCACCAAGUAUCACUAAUGACAGAUAUGCUCGACUGUAUUGGCUAUGGUAUUCAAAUAUUACCUCUGACGUUGUAGAUUUAGAACUCUACAAUGAUCCUCGUGUUAAAUUUAAUGAUAUUCUAAUUGAAAAUAGAUAUCUUGACGACAGUGGAAUGGUUUCAAGUGUUUUGAAUAUAGACCCGGUUAAAGAAUCACACAUUGGACAAUGGAACUGUUUUCUCAUUUCAACUUACGGAAAUAUAUCUCGUGCUAUUAACGUCAUCGUUAUAUCAAAUAACACACAAUACUGCCCAUUAUCUGUUACAAGAAGUAAUAAAGGUGUCUAUGCUUGGCCCCGAACGGUUUUAGGCUGGAAAGUUGAAUUAGAUUGUGAAGGAAAUGGGGUGUCGAUUGGGCUACCAGCGCCGAAAGCUACUUAUGAGUGCAAUAAUAAAGGAGAAUGGGUCAACUUAAAUAUGGAGCAAUGCCCUUAUGUUUCAGCUACUACUAAAAUACUCGAACAAUUUUCUACCGUUAAUGUAUCGUUAACAACUCUAUCAUUGCCCAAAGGAUCAUUACUAGAGACUAUUAAAAAAUUGAAAAAUAUCACUGGAGAAGGAGUAUCGUUAACCGAUCCCGUAGAAGUUCAUUUCGUCACGCAGAUUCUUGAAAAUUACGCAAGUUAUUUAGUGGAAGAGAAAGAACUUGGUACCAUGUUAAUCGAUGUGGUCAAUGUUUUGUUGAAUCUACCAAAAUCUAUGCUCAAAGCGGCAGAAAUUCAUUACAAAGCUUGUACCAGACUUAUAAAAACUAUUGAAAUGAUCGUAGAAGUAACACCAGCUAAUCAACUUAUACAGCUGCAUAAAACGAAUAUGGCAUUGGAAGAAUACCGAGUCAAACCGGAAACAUUUGCCGGUCUAAUGUGUACUUGGUACAACAAUUUGGAUAGUAUUUAUCCUAAAUCGCUUCAUUGCUCAAUGAAUAACAAAUCGUCGAUAUUGAAUCCUCACCCUGGUGAAACGAGCAUCGAGGCUUCUAUACAACUACCGAGAUCGCUCUUCAACCGAGUCAAAAGCAGCAGUACAAACACGUAUCAACUUAUGGUUUCGAUGUUUACUGAUAACAAGUUAUUUCCAAAAAUCAAAAAUUUUGACAACAUGGAUAUUACUUCAAGCAUCGCCGGUAGUAAACUCAUUGGCGUAAAUGUUCAAAAUUUAACGGAACCAGUAUUCAUCAUGCUCAAAGCGCCAUUGAUUCAUUAUUCAAAUAGUAAGCCAAUACCCGUAGUGUGGGACUCGUCUUUAAAUAACAAAACCGGUGGUUGGACGAGCGAUGGCUGCCAUCUAUCAAACUUCAUCAAUAAUCUUAUAAUAUUCCAUUGUGAUAGACUGAGCUAUUAUGGAAUACUGCAAGAUAAAUCGUUUCUUGACGAAAAUGGCAAAACACGUACUGGAGCUGCAUUUAAAUAUUCACAUCCAGCGAUCUACGUGGGCAGUUUCAUACUUUUAUUCUGUUUGAUUUGUUCAACGGUUACCUACGUUUGUUGCUACGCAUCGAUAGCUAUGCCAAAAAGAGCAAAACAUGGUAUUGUGAAUACUUGGAUCGCUAUGGCCCUUCUCUGCCUUUUGUAUGCUUCUGGUAUUCAACAAACGGAAAAUCUUGAGAUUUGUCAAGGCGUGGGAAUAGCCUUACAUUAUUUAACGCUAUGCUGCUUACUUUGGAUGACUGUAUCAGCAAGUAACAUGUACAAACGAUUGACAAAAUCUUCGGAUCCGAUAACUGAUGACGAUGAACUCCAAGAGCCUCCAAUUCGUAAGCCUGUUCUUGGCCUGUAUCUCGUUGGAUGGGGUAUAGCGCUUAUAAUUUGUGGAAUAUCCGGAGCUAUCAAUAUGCGCGAGUACGCGAGCUACUCCCAUUGUUUCCUGAACUCGAUGAAUUCUCUCGUUGCUCUCAUUGCACCCGCCACGAUACUCUUGGUCUAUCUCAUUAUACUUUACAUGCUUAUCAGAUGCACUAUACGAAGUGUGGACCUUAAUGGCCAAUUGUCAGAAAGUACACAAGCAACUGAAAAUGUCGACCUCGAAUUGCUGGAACCGAAUCCUCAUCCAAUUACAGAUGGUGGCAGCUUAGAUAGUACGCCAACGGUAUCAUCUGAAGUUGUUGAUCAGGAACAUUCACUGAUGAAGCAAUUGAAGGCUUUAUUCUUUGUCUUGUUGCUCUACGUGAUAACCUGGAUGUGCGGCGCGAUGACUACAACCGAUCUUUGGACAUCUUACAACCCGUACAAGGAAAUGGUUUUUGCAAUUCUGUAUGCUGUAUCUGCCACAUUUUUGGGUGGUUUUAUUUUGUUCUUUUACGGGAUAGCUCGAAGUGACGUUCGGGGUCAAUGGUUACGAAUGCGCUGCUGGCUGAAACAGAAGAAAAACCGAUGUUGCCGUACUAGAAACGUAUCGGAUUCUAAUCCAACUAUUCCAACGCAACCGCUUGUUCCUAUAAUAGCCGCGUUACCGCCUAUAACAGCACCGAUCUCAAACUCGCAAGCAACGACGCAGGCAACGCAAAUAACUCAAAUAACUUCGGAUACUAAUUCUUUGGGCUCGUCUCGUCAUACGCAUAAGUCACUGAGUAGCUGCAAUACAGCUAAGCUAGCAUUGGCCAACGAGAGGGUAGCCUCGCAGUGUCACGUCAAGCCAAAUAUCAUCAUGCUUCACCGUCAACAAUAUCGCUCGAACAAUUCGGUGACAACUUACAAUACCGAAUCGAUACCAGCUACGGUCGAAAUGUUCUACAAUCCACAUCAGAGCGGUGUCGCUCGUAAAUUUUUCAAAAAACAGCGACGCAACAUGAACAAGAACAGUAAAAAUAGCAAUCUAGGACCACGAAAGCAGGGAGACGGCGGCGCCAAUAGCGACAAUGGUGCUUGCGUCGGUAUGCACCAUCGACGAGUUCCUCAUAAACUGGACAAUGAUAUCGAGAGAAAUAUUUUAGGAAGUAGUUCCAAAGUCAAUAAUACUAACAUUCACGUUGAAAUGAAUCAAACUAACGACGCGAAGAAUGUUAACAUUUUAUCGGAUAGCGGUGGUAGCAUGACGGAGGAUAGAAAUUUAGCUCUGAGAUACGUAAUAGGACAAGAAAGUAUUAGUAAGAAUUCAAGAAAAAUAAAUAACGAAUCACCGCUACCUUCUAACGGAACUAGUCGUCGAAAGUACCAUCAUAUGACAAAUAUUGCCAGCUGCAAUAGUUCAUACGAAUCGGAUACACCGGAAUCGACAAAAAUCCAAGAAGAAGCGAAACAGAUGCGAAAUGUGUCUCAGCAGUGUAGUUUGGAGUGUAGUUCUGAAGUAGAAUCGAGCACGAGAGAAGUAGCGAGCGAGCACAGCGAAAGAAAUAUUUCAGAAGUUAGCGAAGUACCUGAAUCCAGAUCGAGCGGUGUACGAAGUGAUCGAAGAUCGAGUAUUGACGAAACUUUAUCGACCGAACGAGAUCGAAGAAUAGCCAAGCACAGGUCAUUGGAUAUCUGUAAACAUCACUCCGGUAGCCUAAGCUCAUUGCCUAUUGCCGAUCGUUCUCUUUCAUCUCGUACCAAGGGCAGCUAUCGAAGUUCUUUGAACGACACGAGUUUCGAUAGUUACCGAGGUUUGGAUGAUUAUGAUGACGGCCGGCGAGAAUCGAAUACCACGAGUGGCACCAAUACAGAUAGACAACCAUUAGACAAAAUCGUACCUUUCCCUGCAACGCCAGCAACGUCGUCAACGUGCGAAACUAAAAUUGCCACUGAUGAUGAAAGCGAGAACAACGACGACGAUACAAGCAAUUCCGAGAGAGUCGUUGACGCAGUCAUUCCAUUGGUCGCAGAAAACGUCGAUACUGCCAAUGGUGAAUCGCUACCUUUAUACGAUUUUACUGAACGAGACGCACAUGUCAUUCAGUAUAAACAGCACCAUCCUACUAAUAACGAUUAUGAGAAUACUCGAGAGGUAAGAGAUGAUACGAUGAACUCGAGCGAAGCGCAAUUAGGUCAGGAAGAAAUGUUGGAAGCGAAAAUAGAGACCAGUGUUUAGUAAGGAUAUCGAUCGUAAUAUCGAUUUUUCAAAGGUUGUGUAAAAUAAUUUUUAUCGAGUGAUAAAUAUAGGACAUUCGAGUAUCGCACAAAUAUGAUCAACAAGCCGGUAUUGAAUAUGAAUUUUCAAAUAUAAUUUUUUUUUAAUCAAAAUUACAAUGUGUAAUUUAAUUAAGGAAAAUGAAACGAAAAAACGUUAAAAACACGUGAAAGUAUUAGAAAAUAUAUUUCAACAGUAUUAAUUGAUCGUUUUGAUAUCGAAUUGCAUACUAAUGAGCCAUUACGAUUAAUAUAGGCAAUUUUCAUUGCCAAAUUAAUGACGUACAUACUUUAUGAAUAUGUUUUGCACUGCCAUAUAUUUAUGAAUCAUAAACUUUUCAUGUACUCAAGGGUUAUAGCUCUCUCUCUAUUAACAAAUAAAUAUAUUAUACAGAAUAUGUAGGAAUAAUAAGACUUGAAUAUCGUACCAACAAUGGCACGUUAACGCAGAGACUUUUGUGCUAUACUGUUUUUUAUUCUAUUUACAAAUCUAGUUAGAAUUCAAUUUCAUUCUUAACGCUGAUUUAAAGAAUGUGUCUAUUCGACUAAUCAUAAGCAAGUAGUUUUAUUUAUAAAAAUUCGACUUGACUGCUUCGCAGUUCUUGAGAUUAAAUCUAAAGAAAAACGAAUUUAUUGAGAUAUGUUUAGAAAAUCUCAUUUUUCAAGUAAAAUUUUCAAAGUGCCAACCAAUUUAAUUCCAUAUACUUUGAAAUGGAAUAAAAAGUAAUGUCUUUAUUAGAUAAAUGUACUAUCUAUAAUGCCAAGGGUCAAGAGAGGAGCUUUUUAUGCUACAUAAUUCAUGCGCGAUUGAAUAGAAAAUAAUUUCAAGGUCGAAACAAAUGAAACUUUAUGAAAUUAUCCUUUCGUAGGUAAAAAGGUAAAAAUACACAUAUUCAUUAUUUUCAUAAUGAAACAUGAUUUUUAUAAGCACUCUGGCGUUUUUGAAUGAUUUAUGAUCAGAAAUAAAAUAAUUAAAUUUCUUGUGAAUUCUUCGCUCAAACUGUAUUAGAUAUCAUAUAUCUAUAAAAUAUCACGAAUGUUUUUGUAAGUUUUUACUACCAAAUUUUCAAUGUUCAAAGUACCCAUUUGAUACAAUUUUUAAAUCUCAACUAAAAAGAAGCACAAUAUACACUACUUUGUAUAGAAAGAUUUAAGAACAUGUCUAUAUUGAUAAAAAUCUUUUACAUCGCGUAAAACAGGGUUUGUAAAGUUAGCAAAAUUUAGCUAGUACUGAGUAGAGUACUUAAUGUUCUGAGAAUAUUCAUUGCAAUGGCCAAAUCAUUGAAAAAAAAUCUGUGAGUUCAGAAAAAAUUGCAAAAGCUGUAAAUUGUCUCACUCAGUUUUUUCCGAAUAGUCACUUCUUUGAACAAAUUAAAACUGAGAUUCAUUCGCACCAUGACAAAUGGAGUAUUA